CCUUACUAGAGUUGCUAAGCCUUUCAUCGUGAAAAAUGUUAUCUAUUCUUGUUGCCCAAUAAAUCUGACCUUCGAGUUUUAUUUCUCUAUUUUGUUUCUAGUGAAUUCUGGGCAAGUUAAACUUUAGAAUGCUUGGGUCAGCUGUGUUACUCAAAACAUCAAAUUUGAGGCCUUUAUGUCAAUCAUUGCGUAAAGCUUGGUACUCGACUGGUGCUUCUAAUAUAAACGAACCCCACCAAAUACCUGAACAUGUUCGUUAUGUUGAAGACAGUCCCGAUCCUUCGUUUUUCCAUAUGGUUGAAUUUUUUUACCAUCGAGGGUGGCAGAUAGUUGAAGAUAAAUUGGUUGAGGAAUGGAAAAGUAAAUUGUCCGAUGAGGAAAAAAGGAGACGAGUUCGUGGCUACCUAAACAUAAUUGGACCCUGUCAUGCAGUCCUCGAGGUUGGUUUCCCUCUAAAACGAGACAAUGGAGAAUGGGUCAUGAUUAAUGGUUGGAGAGCUCAACACAGCCAUCAUAGAAUGCCUUGCAAAGGAGGUAUUCGUUAUUCUAUGGAUGUUAGUUUAGACGAAGUGAAAGCUUUAUCUGCUCUGAUGACCUUCAAAUGUGCUGUUGUUGAUGUACCAUUUGGUGGUGCUAAAGCAGGUUUAAAGAUUAAUCCAAGAGAGUAUAGUGAAUUUGAAUUGGAGAAGAUCACCAGGAACUUUGCUCUUCACAUUUCCAAGAAAGGUUUCUUAGGACCUGGUCUUGAUGUGCCGGCACCCGAUAUGGGUACUGGUGAGCGAGAGAUGAGUUGGAUUGCUGACACGUAUGCUCAGACUAUUGGUCAUACAGAUAUAAACGCACAUGCUUGCGUUACAGGAAAACCAAUCAAUCAAGGAGGUAUCCAUGGUCGUAUCUCUGCUACUGGACGAGGUGUUUUUCACGGAAUCGACAAUUUCAUCAAUGAGGCUAGUUUCAUGAGUAUGGUUGGAACCACUCCAGGUUGGGGAGGCAAAACUUUCAUUGUACAAGGAUUGGGUAAUGUCGGUUUACACACUAUGAGAUAUCUCCACAGAGCUGGAGCUCGAUGUGUCGGUAUCAUGGAGAUCGAUUGUAACAUUUUCAAUCCUAAUGGAAUGGAUCCUCGUGAAGUUGAAGAUUGGAAAUUGAAUCAUGGUACCUUGAAAGAUUUCCCUGGCGCUGAAGAAUAUAAGGGCGAAAGUUUAUUGUACGAACCAUGCGAUAUUUUAGUUCCAGCUGCCACAGAAAAAUGCAUUACCAAAGAGAAUGCACAUAAGAUCAACUGUAAAAUUUUGGCUGAAGCUGCCAACGGUCCAACUACUCCUGCUGCAGAUAAAAUUCUGCUCGAUCGAAACAUUUUAGUUAUUCCCGAUUUAUACAUCAACGCUGGUGGUGUCACUGUUUCAUACUUCGAGUGGUUGAAAAACUUAAAUCAUGUCAGUUAUGGUAGAUUAUUGUUCAAAUAUGAACGAGAUUCUAAUUACCAUUUAUUGGGUAAGAUUUUAUUUUUUUCAAUUCAAUGCUCUUAUUUAAAAACUUAUUCGAAUUUUUUGUUUUCAGAGAGUGUGCAAGAAUCUUUAGAACGAAGAUUCGGUAAAGCCGGAGGACGUAUCCCCAUUGUUCCAUCUGAAGCUUUCCAGAAAAAGAUUGCUGGUGCUUCAGAAAAAGAUAUUGUCCAUUCUGGAUUAGAUUAUACCAUGGAACGUUCAGCUAGACAAAUAAUGCGAACUGCAAUGAAAUACAAUCUUGGUUUGGAUCUUAGAACUUCCGCUUAUGUUAACGCAAUCGAGAAGAUCUACAAUACUUACAAAGAAGCCGGAUUAACAUUCACUUGAGAAUCUUCCUCAAUUUCUUGGUUGAUCAACAAAAAAAAUAAACCAAUGCACCUGAAAUAAUGAGAGAAUAGACUAAGAAUGAUAUGGAAAAGACGAAAAAAGAUGUUUUUGUUAAUUUGAAAUCGAGUUUUGUUGAUAAUUUAAUAGCAAUUGUUUGGCACAUUGCAAUCAUCAAUGGACAGCGAGUCAUAAAAAAAUAUUUAAAAUGAAUAACAUUAUAAAACUAUCUUACACCUUUUGACGAACCUCUGUCCCUAGGUUAAUGAGUCUUCAUGAAAUGAUGAAACAUUUUUUAUUUAUUUUUGACUUAAGUUUUUGACUAUCACAUUAGAUAGUUUUCCUUUGUUAAGUAGUGCAAUAACUACCUCAUUUCAUGCAAUCCAUUUAAAUUACUGUUUAUAAUUGGAGUGAUUGUGAGAGGUUUAUUGUUUAAAGCAAUACGUUUUCAAUUAAUCGCAGGAUGUACAAUGUGAAUAUGGAACAAUAAAGGUGUGAAGAUGA